UCUACAGCAUUCCCCUUCUCCUCCGGGCUGCAAUUACACGUUCUUGGUUUCAGCCGUUGUCGACAGUUCCGCUCCGGUUUCUGCCCGUUUCUGGACACUAUAGAGACUAACCUCCCCGAGCCUCUGUGCUUUAAGCGGAUCCACUGAGCGUUUCUGUCAGACGGUGAUGAAGCUGUACUGCACUCCGCUUUCCUGCUUAAACAUCUGAAUCUUAACACAAAAGAUGGAAAUUGAUUAUUCUCUUUUUGUGGACCAUGAAAGAGCAGAGCUUAUCCAGCGUGUUUCUUUAGUAAUGCCGCUGGCUGAUGUGCUGCUGUCAAAGAGAAUAUUGAGUUAUGAGGCAUAUUCAGAGAUUCACACAGAAAAGACCUCCCAGGCACAAAUGAGAGCACUCUAUAGGUUUUUGGACUCUGGAGGACGUACAGCAAAAACUGCCUUUUACCAUGCACUGAUGAAAGAGAAUCCUUUCCUUAUUGAAGAGCUGGAGAGAACAUUCAGAAAUGGAGAGACGUCACAUAACAGACAGGAAUCUAGGGAAACAAGAGCAAGUGUGGAGGGGGAGGGACCCCAGAACCUUGAAACAAAAUGGCAUAAAUCCAGCAAGAGAUGGCAGAAAUAUUUAACGGAUCUCCUUAAGGAUUCUGAUCGGCGGAGCGUGGGAAAUGGGAAACUGUUGCUGUGCACAAAGAACAACAAAUACAAAAUCGGAACAGGAGCUGAUGGUACCAUAGUAUACCUUGGAAUAAAAGCAGAUGGUACUGAGGUAGCCAUCAAACGAAUGGUCAAAGCCAACAAUGAACAACUGAAAAAUGAGAUAUCACAUCUGCGUCUCCUUGAGAGCGUCUACAUAGUCAGAUAUGUGGAUUUUGUUGAAGACGAAGAUUUUAAUUACCUUGCUCUCCAGCUUUGUGAAUGUGAUUUGGAAGAAUACAGGAAAAAACUUGGAAAAGAAAAAGGAGAAGAGGACAAAAUGAAAGUUUUAAAGAAAUUGGCAAGGGAAGUGCUUCUUGGGUUACAGGUUGUCCAUGAUGCUGGUGGGAUUCACAGAGAUAUAAAACCCCAAAAUGUUCUGAUAGAUGUGGAAGGUAAAGCGAGGCUGGCUGACUUUGGCAUAAGUCGUAGACUAGACGGAGGUGAAAGCACCAGGUGCACCUCAAGAGCGGGUACUGAAGGCUGGGAGGCAGCAGAGAUACUGGAAAAUGAGGAUGAAGAGAAGUGCAGAUAUAACAAGGAAACUGACAUACAGGUGGCAGGAAUGUUAUUGCAUUACAUUCUUUCGGAUGGGCAUCAUCCCUUUGGCAAACAUGCUUUUCGAAUGGCAAGUAUUGCAAAAGGGGAAUACUCUCUUCACGAGACGAUUGAAAAGGAUGUGGAAGCCAAAGAUCUGAUUGAGGGGAUGCUUCCAAAAGAUCCAGAAAAGAGGCUGAAGAUUGAAGAGGCUGUAGAGCAUCCUUAUUUCUGGGAUGAUGAAAGGAGAGAUGCAUUUUUGAGGAAAGUUGGAGAUAAGGAAGCUGUUCAGAAAUUCAGAAGUGUAGAUGAAAAACUUUGCAAUGCUGUGGCUAAAUACACUGAUGGAAGAUCCUUUUCUGAAUGGAAAUCUAAGAUUUCCAAAGUUCCCCAGAUAAAAGCUCCUGACAAAAACCUUCCAGAUGAUUUACUUGGCCUGCUACGUUAUCUGCGUAACUUACUGGUGCACAACAAAAAAGCUUUUGAAGACAACAACAUGUUUAAAGAUCUGUUCCCGGACUUCUUCAUCAGCGCACACAAGCUGGCGAAGGAGAUGUGUUGGAAUGCUUGAGGAUACCCCAUGAGAAGAUGCUCUUAGCCUGAUUUUUUAUGAACCACUGAUGAAAUGCAAUUACAAUCCUGCAGUUUCUAUUUUAUAUUUCCUAUUUGUAUAUUUUAGCGUAUAUGGCAACUAUUGCAUAUUUCCCUGAAUUAGGGAGCUCCACAUUCAAGUCAUUUUAAAAUUACAAAACUGUAAAUUGAUUACUCAUGGACUUAUAUAUUGAUUACUGAUGUACAGUAUAGAAAGCAGGGUUCAAUAGGGACAAAGGGACCAAGGGACGUCACAAUAAGGGAAGCUAAAGCAACUGUAUUGAACGUCCUAGAUACUAAGUUUUAAAGGAUCUUUCCUUUAAGUUUUAAAGCCAUUUCUUUGGCUAUGGUUAUACAUUCUUUUUAAAUUUGCUACUUUUUACUGUUAAGAUGAUUUUGAUACUUCUGUAUUACUGAGGGUCAGUUCAGUCUGAGGGUCAGUUAAAAAUCAGGGGUUUAUGUGUUAUUUAUCCAUUUAUGUGAGUUUUUUUUUUUUGUUGUUGUUGAAAUUUUUUGUAUUGCAUGACAAUCAGUGUCAGUUACUUUUUGGAAUUUCUUUUAAAAUCUUUCUUCUUAUUUGAAUUGUGUUUGGUUUUGUAUUUUCUUUUCUCAACACCAGAGAAGCAAGUGAAAAAAAUGAACAUAGGCACUCUGUGUGGAGUCUACACCCUCCAUACCAGGGCACUCCCUACUUUGUUUACAGAGGACCUUGUGUCUUGUAUUGGGGAUGUGUUUUUGUUUGGUCAGUCUUGCGAAAACACACUUAACUCGGUUUGCUUUCAUGCUAGAACAUUUGUACCAUCUGGGGUUUCAAACAGGUAAGAGAGGCAGGUCUGUACAUUCGCACCAUAUAGGCGUCUACUCUGUCUAGUUCCCUCAGAGGGUGGGCACUGCUCCUUGUAGUUUUGAUUAUUGGCCAGGGAAGAGUAGAGUAGUUAGCUUUAGUUUAAUUAUGGUUUUGUAGCUCAGUAUUAUUUGAUUCAGAGUAGGCAGGCAUGUUUUGUUUGUUUAUUUCGAUGGUGCUGUCCACAUUCUUCUAGAGUGGUACUAGAUAUUAUAACUGUGUUUUUACUGUUUCAUUUUUCAUUAAAAUGGCUUCUGGAACUCUUUUUGCUUGUUCUUCUUUCCUUUAACCCUUCCUUCACCAGUUCAGCAUAUUAAUGCCACAUGUUACUGAUAUCACAGCACCCUAGAUAAAAUGUAGGGUCAUAACAAUAUCCAUCUAAAAUGGCAGUUAAUUAGUGUGGAUACCUAGUACCCAAUGUUUUUUAUGACUCUGUCACAAUGUUUCUAAUGAUGUUGCAACAUUGUAUUAAUUUCACAUUGGUUAAGAGCAAUGUUUGGAGGCUUUUGUGUCUUUCAGUUGUCAUUUGUUGUCAUGUAACAAUACAUUGUAUACAGAACUGUAAACUGUUUUCAUCUUAUGAAUGUUUUGUAUUGGUUUUAAACUCACUGAGAGCUUUAUGGUUAUGGAUGUGCAAACACUGUUGCUAGGUCUUGGGCACAGGACUGACAUACUGAUAUAUUCCAUGACUGCACAAAUUGCAUUUUGGUCACAAUGUGUGGCAGUAGUGUAAGUGGGUUGUGGAAUAAUGUCUAAGACCAACAGUUAUGACACUGUGUGACAGAAGUUUAGAGAACAUGUGUCAUUAAUGAUAAAAUACAACAAAUUAAAUCACUAUUAAACCCAAAACUGCCAUAUUUUCUAAAUGGUGUAAAUUUUGGACAGUACUUUUUUGUUUUUUACUGCAGAUCUGUAAUGGAACUAAAUGCAGUUCAGCAGCGAUGUUGACCUCCCCAAAAUGAUGGCAUGCCUGGCUGACAAUGAUGAAUACAUGGAUGGCAAUGACGUGCCUGGCUGAACCCAACAUGGCAUCUCUAUGUGUAUAUGUAUGAUUUGAACUCAAUAAAAAGUUGUGCCAACUCAGUUCAUAGAAAAAUGAAGUAGAUUUUGACAAGG